UCGAUAUUCCAGUUUUGUAGACAGAAAACAUUCAAUCAGCUGUUUUCCCAAUCGCAAGGAUUUAUAAAUUUUAAUUGUAUAAUUUCUGUAUUAAAACACAACUUUGUUGUCAGUCUUGGCUAAUCGAUGGAUUCCAACUUGCGCAAUCUGAAAGAUUUUCUUACAUUAUACAACAAAGUGACUGAGCUGUGUUUUAGCCGAUGCGUUGACAACCUGAAUCAGCGAGAGUUGGGCGGCCACGAGGACACUUGCGUGGAUAGAUGUGUCACCAAGUUCGCUCGAUUUAACCAAAGUAUGAUGAAAGUCUACGUGGAUGUACAAACAACAAUAAAUACAAAGCGCAUGCAAGAAGUCGAGGAGAAUGCCAGGAAGUUAGAGCAACAGCAAAAGGAAGACCGUCAAAGGGAGGAGCAAACUCAAAAAGAAGCCGCUGCCGCUGGCACUUCUGUGUUGACGCCAAUACCGCCAACCGCAGGAAAUCUAUCCAUGUAACAGCAGACUC